CAAAUUAGGCAAUGUUUACAAGAUUAUAACUGGCUGCUACUUCUGAAAUGGAAAUCUUUGAUACUAAUUCAGGGGUGAGAUAGAUGGCGUCGCAGUACUAAAUGAAGCAAAGAGGCAUUUACAGGAAGCAAUGGCACUUUAACUUUGGAUGCUCAAAUAUUUACAGGAAAUGGACAGUUGUUAAAUUUUUUUCUUAAAAGAAAGGACUAGUGUGCCGGUCUUGGUCCGGCCGCUUAGGGCCCCCCCCUCUUAAGUUGUCCUAGGGCCGUACCGGUCUCGAUAACAGGUCGGAUCGGCACCGGUCCCAAAAACUGGUCGGGUCGGUAUCGCGCGGUCCGGUCCACUAGAUAGGCAUAGCCGAGUUACACGUGCGGGAAGGUGUUGGAUAAUGCUACGUGUAUCUUUCAUUAAUUGUCUAAGAGUUUUCGAAGGGGUUUAAAUAGUCCCGACUACUCCACUCAUUGCAUUUAGGUUUGGGUUAGUUCUCAGAUUCUUUCACAGUUAUAAAUAUAGCAUAUCGUGUAUUAGUUUUGUCUGGUUUGUGUUAUCACUUUUGCCUAUUUUAAUCUCUUGUGUAUUGAAGAAUAACUAGUACCGUGUUUUAGCUUCUGUAGACAUUAAGUGUACAUUUGGUUAACAUGCUAGUUAUGCGGAGUUAUAAUGCGUUGUCUUUUAUUGAAUGAAGUAAGUAGAAUAUAAUUAAAGGCAUCGAGGGUAUGCAAGAGUUACAAAACUGGAGAACCUGUAAGGUGAAGAAGUACAAAAAAAAAGAACUUAUAGAAAUGCAAGGUAAGGCUAAGUACAAUAGACCCUUGUGGCCGGCCCUUCCUUGGACCCCGUGCGUAGCGGGAGCUUAGUACACCGGGCUGCCUUUAAAAAAAAAAAUAGAAUCAAGGAGCUGAUAAAUUCCAAAAAGAGGUCUAAAUGAUUUACCGGCUACUGGUUAGCCCAGCUAAGAAGGUUAACUUAACAAAUAUCCUUGGGAGAGCAAAUUUGAGUUGAGACCCCAUCAAGACAUCUAGGGUUUCUUUUUGACCCUAAACACCAAAUGAUACAGACAUGUACCAUGAUCCAGAUUCUCUUGAUGGUUUUUCAACUUUCCUAGAGCUCCUGCUUGCAUAUGCUUCUUUGACAGUGAAUGGCAUGGACUAUUUUAGACCAAAAAUAGCUAAGAACAUAGUCAAAAAUUUGUGGUGAUUGGGCAGUUAAAAAAAGAAAAAGAAAAGAUCGUUGAUGCUUUCUGAGGCAGCCUUACACAUGCUUUCGUCCAUGAGAUAUUAUAGGUUUGGCACAUUGUGGUAAAUCUUUUGACGCUAACUCCUUGUCUAGAUUUAUCAAUAUUUUCGUUGCUGCUGUUCGACCUUCACCUUCUUUUUGUUAGAUUUUCUAAUAGUUGUAGGAACCUAUGUUGCUCGGACUCUUCACUUUCGGUGCCGUACCUAUGUCUACAUGGUGUGGGAGUGGGACCCGAUCUAGUCAACCAAUUUUGGGUACUUCGACCAAAAUCGAGGAGCUACGUGCAUACCAAGCUGACGUUGCUACUGUCCUGCGCAAUGGUUGUUUCUCAAUAUUACCUGCAGCCGACCUUGUCCCUGGAGAUAUUGUAGAAUUGAGUGUUGGGUGUAAAAUUCCAGCUGAUAUGAGAAUGACCGAGAUAUUGAGCGAUCACUUACGUGUUGAUCAGGCAAUUUUAACAGGUGAGAGCUGUUCUGUGGAAAAAGAGCUUGAUGCAACGACUGCUACAAAUGCAGUAUACCAGGAUAAGACAAGCAUCCUCUUUUCUGGCACUACAGUGGUGGCUGGAAGGGCAAGAGCUGUUGUUACUGGGGUUGGAUCUAAUACUGCAAUGGGCAGUAUACGUGAUUCUAUGUUAAUGACUGAAGAUGAGGUGACACCAUUGAAGAAAAAGUUGGAUGAAUUUGGUACUUUUUUGGCGAAGAUCAUUGCAGGUAUAUGUGUGCUAGUUUGGGUGGUAAACAUUGGGCAUUUUAGUGAUCCUGCCCAUGGUGGCUUCUUGCGAGGUGCAAUACAUUACUUUAAGAUUGCAGUUGCCCUGGCUGUUGCAGCAAUCCCCGAAGGGCUUCCUGCUGUUGUUACAACGUGUUUGGCCCUUGGGACAAAGCGAAUGGCUCGUUUAAAUGCUAUUGUGAGAUCCUUACCGUCUGUGGAAACCUUGGGCUGCACGACAGUAAUCUGCAGUGAUAAGACUGGCACUCUCACAACAAAUAUGAUGUCUGUGUCAAAGAUUUGUGUGCUUCAUUCAUUAAAUAAUGGUCCAGUGGCCUCUGAAUACAUUGUUAGUGGCACAACCUAUGCACCAGAAGGUUUUGUAAUUGACAGCUUGGGAGCCCAGCUAGAGAUUCCUGCUCAGUUUCCUUGUCUUCUUCAUAUAGCAAUGUGCUCAGCUCUUUGCAAUGAGUCUGUUAUACAAUACAACCCAGAUAAGAGGAUUUAUGAGAAGAUUGGUGAAUCAACUGAAGUUGCCCUUCGUUUGCUGGCAGAAAAAAUUGGUCUUCCUGGUUUUGAUACUAUGCCCUCUGCUUUAAAUAUGCUAAGCAAGCAUGAACGGGCGUCUUAUUGUAAUCGCUAUUGGGAAAGCCAAUUUAAAAAGGUUUCUGUAUUGGAAUUUUCCCGUGAUCGCAAAAUGAUGAGUGUGCUUUGUAGCCGGAAGCAGAUGGAGAUAAUGUUCUCAAAAGGAGCUCCAGAAAGCAUACUGUCAAGAUGUAUCAAUAUACUGUGCAAUGAUGAUGGUUCUACGGUCCCUCUUUCUGCACAUAUUAGAGCUCAGUUAGAAGCAAAAUUUAUUAGUUUUGCAGGAAAAGAAACUCUUAGAUGCCUAGCUCUAGCCUUGAAACGAAUGCCUAUGGGUCAACAAUCGCUCUCCUUUGAUGAUGAAAAUGACCUUACGUUUAUUGGGUUGGUUGGGAUGCUUGAUCCACCAAGGGAUGAAGUAAGAAAUGCCAUCAUUUCGUGUAUGAAUGCGGGCAUUCGUGUAAUCGUUGUUACUGGGGAUAACAAGACAACUGCAGAAUCUUUGUGCCAAAAAAUUGGUGCCUUUGAUCAUUUGGGAGAUUUUACUGGGUUUUCCUAUACUGCCUCUGAGUUUGAAGAACUUCCAGCAUUGCAGAAGUCGGUGGCAUUACAACGAAUGACAAUUUUAUCCAGGGUAGAACCAUCCCACAAAAGGAUGCUGGUUGAAGCAUUACAGAAUCAAAAUGAAGUGGUUGCGAUGACUGGAGAUGGAGUCAAUGAUGCACCUGCACUGAAGAAAGCAAACAUUGGAAUUGCCAUGGGAUCUGGAACUGCGGUUGCGAAGAGUGCUUCAGAUAUGGUUUUAGCAGAUGACAACUUCGCCACUGUUGUUGCUGCGGUUGCUGAGGGAAGGGCUAUAUAUAACAAUACGAAACAAUUUAUUAGAUACAUGAUAUCUUCAAACAUUGGUGAAGUGGUCUGUAUAUUCGUGGCAGCUAUGCUUGGGAUUCCUGAUACUCUUGUGCCUGUCCAACUGCUAUGGGUAAAUUUGGUCACUGAUGGAUUGCCUGCCACCGCUAUUGGGUUUAAUAAACAGGACUCAGAUGUUAUGAAGUCCAAACCGCGGAAGGUCAAUGAAGCAGUAGUUACUGGGUGGCUGUUUUUUCGUUAUCUAGUUAUUGGAGCAUAUGUUGGACUUGCCACUGUUGCAGGCUUCAUAUGGUGGUUUCUUUAUAAUGAUAAUGGACCCAAACUCCCAUAUACUGAAUUGAUGAAUUUUGACAGUUGUUCAACAAGGGAAACAAAUUAUCCCUGCAGUAUAUUCAGUGAUCGCCACCCAUCUACUGUUUCAAUGACGGUGCUUGUUGUUGUUGAGAUGUUCAAUGCAUUGAAUAAUCUCAGUGAAAAUCAAUCCUUACUUGUCAUCCCUCCAUGGAGUAAUCCAUGGCUUGUGGCGUCGAUUAUCUUCACGAUGAUCCUUCACAUUCUCAUUCUUUAUGUUCAACCAUUAUCCGCUCUAUUCUCUGUGACACCGUUAAGCUGGGCAGAGUGGACAAUUGUGCUAUAUCUUUCGUUUCCUGUGAUAUUAAUUGAUGAAAUACUGAAGUUCUUCUCUCGAAAUUCAGGAAUAAGAUUUACUUUCAGAUUCAGACGUGCUGAUUUACUUCCAAAGAGAGAAAUACGCGAUAAGUAAGCUGCAUGCUGCUCAGACUUUGCCAAAAAAAAAAAGAAAAAAAAAAAAGGUGCAAUGGGGAUAUUGUCAAUAUACGACUGAAACCCCAAUACAUCUCAUUCUAUAUUCUUGUCAGCAUAUUGGAAGUGCCUUGUAGCUCAGGCAUUACAUGUCAUAAGGUUGCAGCUGAAAUAUUUAACCCCCCCCCCCCCCCAAAACCCAAACCCCUACCCAUCCUGCAGGAACAAAUUUUGUUUCAAAAAUUUAUAGAAGUUAGUGUUCUAACUAAAGAGUGUAGUGCUCAUCUGUUGUACAUUUUUGCUGAUUCAUUGUCUUUUAUGGUCAGCUGUUAUUAGAGCUAGUGAAACCGAACAGUUUCUUGAUUUUCAUUCUGAA